AUGAACACCGUUGUGCAAUCCGCUCUGUCAGAAGUCGAGUCCAAGCUCAAUGCGCUUCUAAGCACCCUCACUACCUCCCCCACCGCAGCAGGAGCGCCAGCUGCUGCAGUCGCCUUACUCGAAGCCGAUGACUCCUUAUCCUCCGCCAUUUCUACCCUGCGCCAGCAUCAAGAAAACUACGCCAAAAUUCUACAACUCCGAGCCGAGGCUGAAAGAUUAGAAGAGCGCGUGAAGGGAAUCGUGAGAGACGUGGAGGAAUUCGACAAGGAGAUCCGAACCGCCUGCGGUGACGACGAAGACAGUGACAGCGAACUCGAUUUCGACGAUGACGAGACUACCAAUAAGCCACCCCGCAAGGAAAUCGAUUACAGACUUCUCCUCGACUUUGCCCGCCGAAUCAGCAAAUACAACCAGGAAGCCGCCGCUGACGCUGCAAAUGGAGCUGCCAAUCCCGAAAGACGUCAAGCGUCGCGGCCACAGAUAAUGGACAAGGAUGUGACAAUGGCGGGUACCAAUGGAGAGCCGACUACAGAUGGCGCAGAACCGGUAUCUUCGGUAACAAAGAACGCGACGCAGUGGCUGGACGACUCGGCGAAUGUCACGCGCGAAGUGUACAUGCUGCCAUACCCAAUGGAGGAACGGAUACGAAUGGGCCUGAUGGCUCAAGUCCAGCUGGCCGCGGGCGAUGACCCGGAUAAGGAGGUGGAACGGUUGAUACGUGAAGCGGAGGGUCUUGGAGCUGCAGAACCUCCGGCCCCAGCCCCGGCUGCAGAUGCCAGGCAAGAGGAGGCCGCUACUGCGGCUGUUCAGGCUGGCUCAGCGGCUACUGGAGCACCACGACCUGCAGCGUCGGGCUUUGCACCGGCACCCAAGCCAAAGCCAAGUGCGACUCUUGAUCUCGAUCUCUACGACCCUGACGAUGACGACAUGUAA